AAUUUUUCAAACUUCGUAUCUAGACAAAGUUUUUUGUAUCAUUUUAUACAUCAUGACUAAUGGGGAAGCUAGUGAAAUAAAAAAUAAAGGCAGUUCAUUUGGUAUAGCUAUCACAUACCCAUUAUGCGGUUUAAUUAUUGAAAGAUGGGGUUGGGAAGCAGCGUUUUAUAUCUGUGGAGUGAUCGGUACAAUUUGGUCUCUAUCUUGGUGGCUUUUGGUACACGAUAGCCCGUCUGAGCAUCCUCGAAUAACGCCCGAGGAAAAGAAGUAUAUUAUAACGAGUAUAGGAAAGAAUUUGUCAGACAAAAAACCUCCUAUUCCCUGGAAAGCAAUCUGCACUGAUUUGAGUGUUUGGGCUGGAUUAAUUGUUUAUAUUGGCACUGGCUGGAGUUUAUACACCUUAAUGGUUAAUUUGCCAACUUAUUUCAAAUUUAUCCACGGGUUGGAUAUACGUUCGACCGGAUUUAUUUCUGGUAUGCCCCAUUUAAUCAGAAUAAUAUUCUCAUAUUCUGUUUCCACGUUUGGUGAUUUUCUGCUUCGAAAAGAAAAGAUUAGUAGAACAAAUAUCAGAAAACUAGCAACAUUUUGUAGCAAUGGACUAGAAGGACUGUGUGUACUUUCACUGGCCUACGUUGGAUGUAAUAAGACAGCUGCCAUUGUAAUGUCAACGUUGGCUGUAAGUGGUCAUGGAGCAAUUACCACUGGGGUACUUGCGGGACAAGUAGAUCGAAGCCCGAAUUAUUCAGCGAAAACCACUUUAAAUUCGGGUACUUUUGACAUUCGACAGAAAAUAUGUAAAAAUAAAUGCAUGUCAAAGCUUACGAUGGAUGAAAAAGGUGCUGUUUUAAGGACUUUAGAUAAGAAAGAUUCAACAGAUGAACAAGAUGUCUAUUUGCAAGGAUUAAUCGAAUGUAGGCAAGUAACUAGGAAGCCACCAAAGAGAGAAGCUGGGGAAAGUCCCGAGAAUUCACGUAUUUAUAUUACAUACGAAAUACUUUGCAAAGGCAAUAAUAAAUUCUCGAAAUAUGAAAUGAAGGUGGCACUAACUACUAAAGAGUUAAUAGCUUUGUUAGAAGAAGACUCAGAUUGUGAAAAUGCCACUUAA